AUGUCUCUCAAAUCUCUGACGAUGUUGGCUGGUAUGCUGUCGGUCAGCGCCGGCUCUUUUCUCCAAUCAGAUGGAGAUCAAGUUCCUAUUGUCUCUGAUUCAUCACGAAGGCCUAACAUCGUUUUCAUUCUGACUGACGAUCAAGACCUGCACAUGAACUCGCUGGAUUAUCUCCCCUUUAUCAAGAAACAUUUGAUCGACCAAGGCACCCUAUAUAAGAGACACUUCUCUGCGCACAAUACCAAUGUCACUGACAUCUUUCCUCCGUACGGUGGAUAUCCCAAGUUCGUGGCCGAGGGCCACAACGAGAACUACCUACCCAAAUUCCUCCAGGACGUGGGCUAUAACACAUACUACACUGGAAAACUGUUCAAUGCUCAUACCGUGGACAACUAUAACACUCCCCACGCAGCUGGAUGGACGGGAUCCGAUUUCUUGCUCGACCCAUUCACUUAUUCUUACCUCAACGCCACAUUUCAACGGAACCAGGAUCCUCCGGUGAGCUAUGAGGGCGAAUACAGUACGGAUGUUCUGGCAGGCAAGGCUUUGGGCUUCCUCGACGACGCCGUGGCUGCGUCUGAGCCCUUCUUCCUGGGGAUCGCUCCUGUUGCACCUCACUCAAACGUCCAAUCCAAUGUUAUCAGCAAUGGCAGCGCUCACGAUCCGCAUGGCAUCGUGGCAACGCCACCGAUUCCCGCCGAGAGGCAUGCCCAUCUUUUCCCCGAUGCCAUUGUCCCGCGAACGGACAACUUCAAUCCUGAGAAGGUGUCUGGAGCCAACUGGGUUCGACAACAACCGCGACAAAGCGCCGAAAAUGUCGCGUUCAAUGAUCAUUUCUAUCGUAACAGACUUCGAGCUUUGCAGGCGGUCGACGAGCUGGUCGAUUCUGUGGUUUCCAAAUUGGAAGAAUAUGGUAUUCUCGAAGAGACAUACAUCUUUUAUACCACUGAUAAUGGCUACCAUAUCGGACAUCACCGUCUUCAACCCGGAAAGGAGUGCAGUUAUGAAGAGGACAUUAACAUCCCUCUCAUCGUCCGUGGCCCUCAAGUCCCGGAAGGCAAAGUCGCCGAAGUUGUGACAACACAUCAAGACUUAGUGCCUACAAUGAUGGGCCUUGCGCAAGCACCUCUGCGUGCUGAUUUCGAUGGUCUAGCUAUCCCCCUAACCGAGGAAGAUUUUGGUGAUGCUGAAAAGACGAGACAUGAGCAUGUCACAGUCGAGUAUUGGGGCUUUGCGGCCUCCGAGGGUCCUUGGGGGUACUUUGGUCGGAAUGAGUCGUUUGUAUUCAACAAUACUUACAAGGCUCUACGCGUGGUUUCAAAAGAAUAUAACCUUCAUUACUCGGUAUGGUGUAAUAACGAGCAUGAGCUAUACGACCUCAAUACCGACCCGGGUCAACUGAACAAUCUUUUGCAUGAAGAAUCCCAGGCAUCAUCGCUUCUUGGACUUCCAAUUGAGAAGAUUGUUUCUCGUCUGGACUCGUUAUUGCUUGCAACGUCGACACUCUGCGUGACGCACUUUCACCGCGAUUCGACAGUUUCUAUCAGCAACAACAAGUUCGAGUUGAGUAUUCACGUUGCGAGAUGGGCUAUCUUGUAG